AUGCUUUAUAACAGCCGUCUCCGACCAAACAAGUUUCAGCACCGUCGGCCUCCUCUCCUCCUCGGUGGCUUCUCUCUGACUGCCGCUAUAAACAAUGGCAUUCCCAAUGCUAAAACCUGCGACGAGUUCACCGCCUCUUGCAAGAGUAUAUGCGCGGGUUUGAAUGCAACCCCCACCGUCGAAGGAUGCACGGGAACGGUGCCUACCGCUGCCACCAGAUGCGGCUGCUCCAUUAACAAGAGCCCUCCGGCUCAAAAAGGCCCCCAGCCAAAACGAGAUGUGGCCUUUUGA